AUGCACGAAAAUACUACCAAUCAAGGGAAUAAUGAAAAUGAUGAAAGUGAAGAUUAUAACCUAAAUGAAGGUACAGCUGAAGAUGAAGUUUUUGAUGGAGGAAGUAGAGGUAUAGAAGAUAGUACAGGCCAAGAUGAAGAUGAUAGUACAGCUGAAGAUGGAGUUGUUGAUGGAAGAAGUUUUGAAGAUUUGGCUUCUUUGGAAAAAAUUUACAUUUAUCUAUGGACGAUAAAGGUAACACUAGUUUUAAAACUCGCACCAACAAACAAUUUAGAAAUAAAUGGCUUAUAG